AUGGCGACUCCCAAUAAUGUUACUCCCACCAACUGCAGCUGGUGGCCCAUCUCGGCGCUGGAGAACAACGCGGGGAAAUCCACGGAGGGGGAGGAAAAUCACGACCCGACAGACCCCGCUCUCAAAUCGCAGGACAGAUUGGUUUUGUACCACUGGACCCAGUCUUUCAGCUCACAAAAGCCCUUUCUCCCCGGCUGCUUACCCCAGGUGAGGUUGGUGAUCGCAGAGAAGGGGCUGCCCUGUGAGGAGCGGGAUGUCAGCAUGCCCCUGAUGGAGCACAAGGAGCCCUGGUUCAUGCGGCUCAACCUGGGCGAGGAGGUGCCUGUCAUCAUCCACAGGGACAACAUCAUCAGCGACUACAACCAGAUCAUCGACUACAUGGAGAAGAACUUCACGGGAGAGAACGUGCCGCAGCUGAUCCCCGAGCCGGGCAGCCUGCUGCACUCUCGGGUGCUGCAGUACCGGGAGCUGCUGGACUCGCUGCCCAUGGAUGCCUACACGCACGGCUGCAUCCUGCACCCCGAGCUCACCACCGACUCCAUGAUCCCAAAGUACGCCACCGCUGAGAUCCGCAGACAUUUAGCAAAUGCCACCACGGAUCUGAUGAAGCUGGACCACGAAGAGGAGUCACAGCUAUCUGAGCCUUACCUCUCCAAGCAGAAGAAGCUCAUGGCCAAGAUCCUGGAGCACGAUAAUGUGAACUACUUGAAGAAGAUCCUUGGAGAACUUGGGAUGGUGCUAGACCAGAUUGAAGCUGAGCUGGAGAAAAGGAAAUUGGAAUACCAAGGGCAGAAGUGUGAACUUUGGCUCUGCGGAUGUGUCUUUACUUUGGCCGAUGUCUUGUUAGGAGCCACCCUGCACCGCCUCAAGUUUCUGGGACUCUCUAAGAAAUACUGGGAAGAUGGCAGCAGACCUAACCUACAGUCCUUCUUUGACAGGAUACAGAAACGCUUUGCCUUCAGGAAAGUUUUGGGAGACAUACACACCACGCUCCUCUCUGCAGUGGUACCCAAUGCCUUCAGGCUGGUCAAGCGGAAACCUCCCUCCUUCCUUGGAGCCUCCUUCCUGAUGGGAUCUCUGGGGGGAAUGGGAUAUUUUGCUUAUUGGUACUUAAAGAAAAAAUACAUCUAG